AUGCUUGUGACAGGUCGUCUUCGUGCUGCUAUGGAUGUUAUCUUGGGUCAUGGGGACUGCACAACCAUCCUGCACACCCCUGCCAUUUUUGAAGAAGAAGAUCUGGUAAUCGUCACCAAUAACAUGGACAACUCAAGCACCAGUGAACACGUGUCUAAUGAUAGAGAUAUCAGCUUGAUUGGUCCUCUGAUGGAUGCUUGCGUCACAUAUCGGAACCAGAUCUUAGCAGCAAAAGAUCAGUGCAAAGAACUCCAAGCCGUAAUAUCCAAAAUUGCUGCCAUUACGAUUGUUGAGGAUAUGACCCAGUGCGAGGGCUGCACUGGGGUCUUUCAGUAUCCAUAUAUGUGA